AUGCUUGGAGUUUUGUUCAAGGUUUUUCUGACACUUACCGGCCUCGUUGUUGUUUUCCUCUCCCCUUUCUCCGCCCUCUCAGCACUCCUCAUCUUCAAUUAUCUCCGUUCGCUUGUGCACCCCUACGCCAACUCCACCGCCACCCACGACACCCGUCACCAACGUGCAGCAGGCGCCAUUGCUGAUGGUCCUGCGCAGAGCGCUGCUCUAUCGUGGUCUGAACUGUUAACGUUGGUCUCCGGCACCGUGCUGGUCCUUGUCCUCGCCUCCCUCGUCCCGCGCCACCUCGUUUACCUUGCCAAGAGCUGCAGGCUUUCCCUCGCCGUGAAGCGCUUUCUCGCCCGCUGCAUGGGCUACGAUCCGGCCCGGCCGGCGACCUGGAGCAUCGCCCAGCUCCGCCUCUACGCCGCAGAGCACAACAUCAGCAUCCCGAGCGGGUGUGAGAAGUCAGAGCUGGUGGCCCUCGUCGAUGAGUGUCUGACCAACGCCCUCCUCGCGGAGCACAUCCGCAAGGAAAAUGUGCUGGACGACGCCGUCCUCCCUGACAUCCUUGCCGCCACGACGGACACGAUCUUACGUCACCGCGCCUACCCGGGCUACGCCAGGACCCUCCGUCAGCAUCCAAAGAAGCUGCAGGAGAUCAUCGAGGCCGGGCUGCACCAGCUCGAGUCGCUCACCUUCGUCGCGCAGCUCUGCGGUGCGCAGCUGCUCAGUCCGCUGAGUGCGUGGCUGGACCAGGUCGCACAUGCCGAAGAUGGAGGGGCAUCGUUUCAAGCGGCCCUGACGCCGGCGGAGGGCGCGGCGGCCGUCUCUGCCGUCUGCGGCCGCCUCUGCGGGGACGGCGACAUGGUCGUGCGCUGCCUCGACUGCGGUGCCGACCCGACGUGUGUGAUGUGCAUGGAUUGCUUCCGCCACUCCCCAUGCGUGAACCACCGCUACCGCAUCACCCAGGGCUCGGGCGGUGGGAUGUGUGACUGCGGUGACCCGACGGCGUGGAAGCCGGAGUCCUUCUGCAGCAAGCACCGCCCUGUCGCCGCCGCCGGACUAGACAACGGCGGAGGGGCGACAAGCGCGCCAAGUCCAGUGGACACGCUCGCUGAGGAGGACAGAGAAUGGGUCGUUGUUCUGCUGCGCGGCACCGUGCAGUACAUCGCUCUCGCGCUCCUGCAGAACCUGCGCAUUUGUGCAGCGCAGAAGCGGGCGAAGACAAAGGCGAAAAGCGCUUCACUGGCACCACAGGGUGGUGGCCUUGCCUCGACUGCAUCGGAGGACCCCGAGGCGGCGUUGAUGGCGGAUGUCGCGCUGAUCGCAGACGCGUACGACUGGCUCGCUGGCUGGCUGACGCCUGUGACGAACCGGCUGUCGGAGCUCGUGUCGACCACCGAAGUGGCGAAGCAGAUUGUUGCACAGCUGUGGACGGAGCCGCUCUGCCUGUGUGCUGCUCUUGACGGCAACGGAGACGACGACGACGACGAAGAAAAGGUCCCGGACAGGCAGCACGAGAAGAACUCGCCGAGUGGCGUCCGUGUCGCUGCACGUGCGGCUGCCUCGGCGAAGCAGAACGACGCCAUCCUCGCUGCGUUGCCGGACACCUUCAGCUGUCUGCACCCUGUCUUCUUGUUUGAGACUCUUCGCCCUGUUACGGCGCACGAAAGGCCCCUCAGGGACGCCCCGCCGGAUCUGUGGAGCCCCGUUCUCGCCAAGUGUGUCUCCCACUGUCUGAGUGUGUCGAAGCUUCGCAUGCCCGUCGGCGCCCUCAUGGCCACCUACGCAGAAUGCAUGAACGCACACGAGGUGGCAGAUGACGGCCACUACCCUCUGCGCGAGUGUCAGGUGCAAGUGCUGACCAAUCCCGAUGUUCUCAUGCACCUCAUGACGCCUGCGCACAUGCCUUACCGCAACGCCACGAACACCGUCGUGCACCGCGUGCUCAGCUCCAUCCUCUACUCGUUGAGCGUGUGCCUCGAUCAGGGCCCACGCAAUGCCAUCCUGCGCACCUCCUCCGUGGCCACCGACGGACUUAUCUUCAUUGAGCACCAAAACGGGAAUAUAUCCUAUGGCGGCGUCAGCGUGAUGGGUUACUCCCUGUACUCGCUGCCCGCCGCGUGCUACACCCUCGUCCUCAACCGACUGGCCUGGCGCGCCUUCCUGCAAAUACACGGUACCCUGGCGAUUAGCGGGUACAUCAACGCAGACCCCGAUGCCCCGACCGACUCCUCGCGCUUCCCCGCGCCGGACUUUUAUGGGCGUACUCUAUCGCGACACAUGUGGCUGUGGUUCAACGCCAUGCGGGGGAUCCUCACGGCGUUGAUGCGGUUGCCCGCCGACGACAGCAACAAAGGCACGGGCUCAACGGCCUCGAUGCCGGGUAUCGCACCCGCCGACUUCACCGCCGCUCUUCAGGUCCCACACGCGAUGUGGCAGCGGUGGACCGAGGCAACGCGCUUCGAUGCCCCACCAGACACUUCCCGGCGGCGGCGCGUCUUUCUCCAAAUGCUGGGGAGCUGCAAGGUUGAAAACGGACGGGAGGAGGCCCUGCUGAUUAUCCAAAACGGCGGGCUGGCAGCGGCGCAGAUGGCAGCGAUUCAGCAGCACGUGGCAGAGGCGGCGGCGGCAUCGAGGGACGGCAGGGCGCGAGUCCACGACGCGGCGGCCGGCACCACCACGGCCAUGAGCGCGCCUCUCGCCGCUGCCGUCGGCUACGCGGUUCAAGUGCUGUACGAGAUCAGUCGCACGAUGGACGCCGUCUUUCAGAAGCAGCGGGACGGGUUCUGCCAGCGGUGUCACACCAUCGCGCUGGAGCGUGAUGGUCGCCCAGGCACGGCGGUGAUGCUGCCGGAGGCAGAGUCUGCGGCUGCGAAGGAGGAGGGCAACGUGCAACGAGGGGAUGGACGUCCUACACCGUCGGCAGCAGUGACAGCGACGACUUUGUCAGCUGAGAAGGGGCGCAACGAAGAAGAGGAAGGGGAAGGAGAGUCGUCUCCCUCGCUGCCCUCCUCACCUGCGCUGCCGCCUUCGCAAAGCCCGAUAGACGUUUUUGAGUACAACUUACUGCAGCCGGCCCUGCACGCCACCACCUUCUCCAAUCACCUGCCACGCAUGUUCGGCGCGGUCCUCACGGCGUGGGUCAUUGAGCAGCAGCGGCAGCGACACGCGCCGGCCGCCGCAGCCACGACGCGACUCUCCGGCCUUUGCGACGAUGCCGUGCAGACAACGUCGCCGGCGUCGUCAUCAUCAACGCAUCUUGCGCGUCCCCUCCACACACUUCUCGACUGCUUCUUCAAGCUGCGUGCGACGGCCAUGCCGCACCUCGUGCAAGACCGUCUUACGACUCUCCAGCAGCUCUUAGACGCGCUGGUGAUGCCGCAGGUGCUGAUGGGGCAAGUCUUUGACGGCUUGUGGCGACGGGACAGCUACGGGGUAUCGGCGGCUGCGGGCAUGUACAUUGGGUACUGUCGCAGCGUCGUGGCGGAGUUCGAUGUGCUGAUGUUGCAGGUCCUCACCAUGGAACUGGCGCCGGCGGACAUGGCCAUUCAAAUUCUGCGUCGCUUCUCGUACGCGAAACAGAGCGCGAGCGCCAAGGCGAAGGUGGACGCAGCCCUCGCCGCGGCCGUGAAGAAAAGGGGCGCCGGCGCAGCGAGCCGGACGCGUCAUCUUGCCUUCCGCCGAUACCUGAAAGGCUACCGGCACUACCUGCGGCUUAUGUUGACGCUCGUGGUGGACACGACGAAGGCCUCCUUCCACCCUCCGCUGUCGUCGCACUGCAUUGAGCGCACGGUGGCGCACUUUCUCGCCCAGAAGAAGGUCUCGCACUCGGCGAUUCUGAAGGUCGUGAGCGACUACGUCCGCGGAGGCGACUUCGGCAUCGCCGAGGAGGACGAGAAAGACACGAACGGCAAAGUCAUUCGCUUCACGCAGGUCAUCGACGCGGCGGUCAAAAAGCUCGCCGUCGCGCAGGACUCCAGCCGCGGCAAGCAGUUCCGCCUCCGCGAUGUGCCGACGUGGAAGGCGCACGUCAACCUGUAUCAAAGCUCCAUCUUUGACUCGCAGCUGGAGGAAAUCCACAGCAACUACCGAAGCAUCGCCCUCGUCGACGAAGGGGCAACGCAGCCGCCAUUUGGCGAGGGGGAAGACGGCAGCAACGCCAGCAGCAGCGCCGACCGUCACGCCCUCCCCCCUACGCAGCUCUUCGACGAUGCCAUGUACGCAGAGCUGCUGCCCACCACACGCUCCUUGCUGCACACCGAUGCGCUGCUCCUGCCGGCGCUGUACGUGCUGCACGAGUACACCAACGCGCACGCGCCACCGGCAACAACAGCAACAGGGCCAAGUUUUCCUCUUGCGUGUACAGAGGAGGUGAGCACGCAGAGUCCACGCAACGACGCGUCCGCCCACCAAAGUCUGUCGUCUGGAGGGGGUACGGUGGUAGACAGCUACAGCAGCAGCAGUGACAGCGAAGACGAUGACGACAACGAUGAUGACGAGGACACCAACUUCAUUAGCCGCGAGGCCCUCUUGCACGCCGUCACCGCCCUCUAUCUGUGUGUGCAGGACUGCCGGUCCAUCACGCGGGCCAUGCAGGCCGUCGAGCGGGCCAACGACAACGACGACGACACGACCACCCCCGGAGCGGCGCACUCCUCGAAUGCGCGUGGUGGUGACAGAGGGGAUGCCAUCUCUUGGGAUCUCGUGGAGCUCUACCUCCGGCGCUAUCGUGUGAAUGAGCUGAGCUUUACGCCCUCCUCGUCCGCACAGGUGCUGCCGCUGCCAGAGCUGACCGGCCCCAGCACCCUCCUGCAUAAGCUGCAGACCCACGUGACGCUGCACUGCUUGGCCUCCGCAACGUCUAACGCCACCACCGUCCGCGUCACCUCUGCUGAGAUGCUGCAUCGACUGCGUACGCACCUGAACGCGGACAAGGGUGCCGACAUCUACAGCUGCCUGGAGAUGGUAGAAGAGGUGCUGGUGCUGACCGGGAUGGCCACCUUCGACGCGGCGGCGGCCUCUGCCGAGCAGCGGUUGAAGGAGGAAGCGGCGCGGAGCCGCAAGAAGCUGAUUCAGGAGCGGCAGGCAAAGCUGAUGCAGCGCAUGCGCAGCCGCGUUCUCAAGACCACGGUAGACAAAGGCGCCUCUUCCACCUCUGCAGCCGGCACCACAGCGAACACUUCGGAGAAGUCUAGGCAUGCAGUUGGCAGCCCCAGCUCCUCUUCUGCCAAGGUAGGCGCUGCGGCUAACAACGUCAGCGGCUCGCUCCUCACCAAGGUGCUGCUGGAGCUGGCCACGCUGGACUGCUGCGUAUGCCACGCCGCCACGGAGGAACCGCUCUUCCUGCUCUGCCACACGAGCACCUCCUCCGUCCUCCCGCAGCUGGGGGCGCUGACGCUGCCAGACGACCGUGGCGUGCACAACCACCUCUGCACCUGCGGCCACGCCGCGCACAAGACCUGCGUCGAGAAGCUUUUCGUCCGCCUCUCCGUGUUGUGGCAGCGGUGGAACUUCCGCAGUCAGCUCUACCUUGGACCGACGGAGUUCAACUGCCCGCUGUGCAACAUGAUUGUCUCGACGCUCGCGCCAGUCCCGUCGCUGUCCCUCGGUGCGAUGGCGCCCGCGUCCCCUGGUGUGCCGAGCGGCGCGACGUCCCUCUUUGAGGAGCUCCAGUCCGGCACCGUGCACCCCAAGAAGAGCGGCAGCGGUGCUGGCAAGGAUCGGACGGAGGACGUGGUGGUGGAGUUCCAGACGAACCUGGCGAAUAGCGCGGUGGGCUUCAGCCCGUCGGAGGACAUCCCUCCCCUCGUGACCACCGAAGACGCGCUGCAGAAGGGCAACGAAGCGGCGUGGAUUCUGUCCGAGACGAUGCGGACUUUCUUUUACUCGAGUCAUCUCCUGCUCGAGGGCGUCAAGGCUGGCCAGUCCAUCGGCCACCGCCAUUUGAUCAGCCUCCUGUCCCUCCUGGUGAGUCUCAUGCCAGCGAAGCUGCAGGCGGCGCAGGCAGCGUUGCGCGAGAACUUCAAAAGGACCGCGAAGGACGAGGACUGUCUUUUGCUGCUGGACGCGCUCUUGAAGCCGCGUGAGGCGUCCCAUCUCAUUUGCGCCCACGUCGAGGCACAGGUCUUCCCUGGCAUGCCACACGACUACCUGGAGCGGCUGCUCGCAUGUGCGGAGCGUGCGACGACCACCACCGAUGCCGCAGCGGAAGUCGAAGCAGAAGACGAAGAAGAGCAAGCAGCAGUUCCCGCUUCGGCGUUUCAAAGGUCUGCAGAGGCGCUGGAAGCCGACUUCCCCGGCGUCACGAUUGCCGUGUGGAAGGCGAUGGGUGUCUUGACCCUCCUCAAGGCCCUCCUCGUCGAGGACGCCAGUCACGCCAUCAUCCUCAGCAGCGCAAGCUUCACAGUGGCGGGCACGGUGACCUUCACGACGCUGCACAGCGCCCGCCUCCGCACCCCCGCGGCGCGCUGCACGGCGAUUGUGCGUAUGAUGCAGUAUGUACUUCCGGUGCCGCACAAGAGCUCGAGCGAGCAGCUGGCGGUGGUAGCGCAGGACCUGCUGAGAUGGGUUGGCGGCGACACGGCCACCACGCAGCCGGCCGCGGUGGCCAGGCUGCCCCACCCGGGCGCGUUGCCGUACACCGGCGCCGACGCGUACGUGGCGCAAAUCGCCGAGACGCUGCUGCACCUGCCGCGGGUCUACGCCACCCUCCUGACCGCCUUUGCUGAGCACAAACGCUGCGCUGUGUGUCAGCGCGAGGCGGCCAAUCCGGUUCUGUGCUGUCGCUGCGGGCAGCACAUGUGUAUGCAUCGGCAGCGUUCGGGGUCGCCGCCGGAGCUGUACCAGCACGUCCGCGCGUGCGGUGGGGCGGUGGGCGUCUUUCUCGCGGUGCGGCUAGGGACGUUCUACGUGAUGGAGCUGACAUGUGGCCGGCUGUACGCGGUGCAGACGAACUACACGGAUGAGUACGGCGAGCGGGAUCGAAACCUGAACCGCGGCGUCCCGCUCUUCCGCGACCGCGAGGAGACGCAGAAGCUGAUUGAACUGUGGAUGCAGAACAAGUGGGGUGCGGUCUCGAUCGUCUUCGCGAACUCAAACCGGCUGGACCUAACGGAACUAUAG